GCACACAAAAAUUAAAUUUUCAAUUUCACAUCAUUGAGAUUACCGGUUAUUUGCUUUGUUUCAGCACAAGGCAUUGCUCAGUGACUUAAAUAACUAUUAGUAAAGUGUAAUUUGCAACAAAAGAGUGUAGUUUUAUAAGAGUUUGCUGUAAAUACUACAGUUAGGAAAAUGUCUCAAGAUCCAGAAAGAUUUGAUUCUAUGUUGCUAGCAAUGGCCCAACAACACGAAGGAGGUGUAAAAGAGCUCCUUGGAACUAUUGUGAGCUUUUUGGCUAGAAAAACAGACUUCUUUACUGGUGGCAAAGAAGGAGAAUGGGAAAAGGUUGUGAAAGACACAUUCUAUACUCACGCCAAGAAAGCUAAAGACGAAGCAGAUAAAAUAAAGAAAGAAAAAUUAGAAGCCGAAAAGAGAUUAAAGGAAAUACAACAAAAGAAGGAACAAGAACGCUUGGCAAAAGACUUUGAGCCUGCUUCUGUGACUGAACUUACUGAGCAGGAAGCGGAAGAAUUACAGGAAACCAUUGAGAAGGAGAAGAAGAAAGAGCCUGAAAGUGGUAGUGGCGAAGCUUCUGGAAAUGAGGAAGAAAAAACACCUGAAGAGGAAGAUGAUCCAGAGGAGAAAGGAAAGAUAAAGCCAAAUGCUGGAAAUGGUUGUGACCUUGAACACUACAGGUGGACACAGACUCUUGAAGAAGUUGAGUUGCGUGUACCCCUACGUCAGACGCUGCGCCCGCGUGACCUUACGAUAAUCAUCAACAAGCGACACCUCAAAGUCGGCAUCAAAGGUCAACCUUUCAUCAUCGAUGGGGAACUGGACGCCGAUGUCAAGAUUGAGGAGUCCACGUGGGUGCUGCAAGAUGGAAGGAAUAUACUCAUCAACUUGGAGAAGGUGAACCAAAUGAACUGGUGGAGCAGAUUGGUAACGACAGAUCCACAGAUCUCCACAAAGAAAAUAAAUCCAGAACCUUCUAAACUGUCAGACUUGGACGGCGAAACACGCGGACUUGUAGAGAAGAUGAUGUACGACCAGAGGCAGAAAGAAAUGGGACUCCCCACCAGCGAUGAACAGAAGAAACAAGAUGUAUUGAAGAAGUUUAUGGAACAACAUCCCGAAAUGGAUUUCUCGAAAUGCAAAUUCAACUGAACAGUUCUAACAGCCAUGCGGAUUGCACUUAUUAUUGAGGAGGAAAAAUACUAUGUAAUUUAAAGAUUAUUAAGCUGCUUUUGGAAAGAUAAAGUAAUUUACAUUCUCAUGUUUGAUAAGUAGGACGUUAAACUUAUUCUAACAUGAGUAAAUUUUUCUUGUCUAGCCGAAUAUGCUCUUAGUAAUUUUACACAUAACACAAACUAUUGAGUAAUGUUUUAAGAACUAAAGUGAUAACAACUAUAUUAGACUUGCAAUAUCUGUUUAGUAUAUUUGUAUUUCUAAUAACUAUAAAAUAUACAGCAAUAAAGUGUUUAAAAUUA